AUGGAUGAUGGAUGGAAUCAAAUCCAGCUGAACUUAGCUGAUCUUACUAGGAGAGCUUACGGGACUAAUUAUGCUGAGACAUUACGAGUUCAGAUUCAUGCUAACUGCCGUCUCAGGCGGAUAUAUUUUGCUGACCGUCUCUACUCAGAGGAGGAGCUUCCUCCGGAAUUCAAGCUGUAUCUUCCAGUGCAGCAGAAAGCAUGA